AUGGAUCCGCUGCAGCCUCCUUUAAUAUCAAAGUAUGAAUGGGAAUAUAAAAAUGACAUUAAUCAACAAAUGCGAGUUCCUGAUAAACUCUCAGUGGCAACAUCUCUCCCCAAUCUAGAUUUAUCAAAACACAACGGUAAUGACGUUGACUGCAAAGAAAAUGAUGUUGCAUCGACAGGACAUCGUCAAACAACCCCAGGUUAUAGUCCUGAUUUACUGACAGAUAAUGAAGCACAAUCAGAUGUGUGA